AUGGCGCAGGACAUUGCGGUCCCUGGCCUCUUGAGUGGUGUCAGCAUGAAUACUUACAGCAGUGUCUGCUCGGUCUCUCGAGUUGCUUCUCUCGUGGUGAUGCACAGGGGCAUCACCACCACCACCACGCGUCCAAGUGUCAUAUGGAAUGGCGUGAGACGAGGAUUCGUCAGACGAAUCGCUCGGUCCAAAGAGCUCGGACGUGAUAGCCCCAUGUUCCCGGAUCCAGUCAACCGGGUUCUGGCAGUUCCCGCUCCGCGUGUUUUGGGGGCAGUAGGCGCCGCCUAG